GUGUGUUCCAGUGUGAUUUGACUAAACUGGCGUUUAGGAUGACUGGGGCGGGGAAGCUGACAUACAAGGUCGUCCGCUGGGAUCAGGAACUCCUCCGCUCAGCUGGAAAGACGGCAGCAGGUCUGCUGUUUGACAUCAAGUGUUCUGAGGACGCUGUCUCUCAGCUGCACUUCCCACACUGUGAAACAGAACUUGCAUCGCUCUCUGAGGCCCUGUCUGUUGUCCACAUCAGUGAUGAUGGAAUGAGCAUCCUUAAGCCGCGGGAAAUAACAGACACCCAUGUGAUUGUGGACAUCCCUCACCUCUCUGCCUUUGGCUUGGUAUGGGAUAUCAUUAAAUGGUUUCUAAACAUCAGGAAACAAAUUAGGGGCCAAGUUCUGCUGUUUCGACAACCGACGUACAAAAGACAAACCCGAAAACUCAAUGUGUUUCUGCUGCCAGAUGACGUCCCGGUGCAGGAGGUGAAAGGGCAACUGGACGAAGCUGAGUACAUUGUGGCCCCUUCCUUCUGUCACCUCAUUAGGGGCCAAACGUACAGUCUGGACUGUCCUGAGGCCUAUAUAGUACCUUCAUUUGCAGUAUUUGACUUCAACUAUGGACCAAAUUACCACCCAACUUUUGAGAUUCGGCUAAGUCCAAGCAAAGAGGGGGCGAUGGUGAAAGUCCAAGACCAAGAGAAGAAACACGUCUGGGAGUAUCCUGUUGAACUAACUGAUUUAAAACCAGCCUCAAGUUCAGCUCCCCAACCCCCAGCCAGUGAACCAGCCUCGCCCCCCGUCCCAGUUGAAGAAGGAGGUCGUGAUCCAAGUGGGAAAAAUCUACCAAGCAGAGGGGAGGACGAGGAGGAGCUGUUCUCUGCUCGGGCAGAGUUUAUUGCCAGAGUGUCCACUUCUGUUCUAAAAGACCUGAUGGAUGUGCUUCUGCAAAAGAGGGUCAUAAACGAAAGGGAAAAGGAGUCGAUCCCAGCAUUGCCCAGAGCAGACAAAGCAGAAGGCCUGAUCGACAUGGUGCUAAGGAAGGGAAAUCCAGCCUGUAGACUUUUGAUCGACAUCUUCUGUGAGGUGGAUCCGUUUCUUUCUGCACAGCUGAAGUUAAACUGAAACAAAAGUAAGAAACUGUUGGAUGAACCUUGCACAGAAGACCAGACUCUAACACCUGGUGCGAGAAAACUGGAGAAAUGUUUAUAGCAUUUAUAUGAAACUGUGAUGAUCCAAGACUCAGGCAGAAGCUAAACGCUGUCACAUUAUGUUUGUUUUUCAACAGAUCUUUUAAAACAUUUUUUUACUGUCCUGAGUAAAGGACUCCACUCAUCAUGUGGUUUUGUUAUAGCAUACUGUAUAUUUUAUAUGGCACACUUUAUGUAUCAGUGUAAAUAUAUGUACAACUUAAAGUGAUGAUGGGACUUAUUCUUACAUGAGCUCAACUUGUAUCAGUUGUCUGUCAAAUUAUUUUUUUAUAAAAGAAAUUAUAAAAGA